AUGUGGCGAGUCAUAUUUACGGGCCAAGCAGACUGCAUGUCAACUGCAGCUGAUGAGCAAGUUCUCUACAAGGAGUUAAAGCUGGCAGGAGACUCUGAGGAGGAGUGGCUCUGGGAGGAAAUGGGGCCUGCUGCUGAGUCUCUGAUCCUGUCUGGGAGGAACAUCAUGCUAGUAGCUCAGAAGCUCCAUCUUCAGCCAGAAUGUCAAAGCUACCAGGAGGAACUAGUGACUACAGCUCAGCAGAUCCUGGUGGAUACCACAAAGGUGAGGCUGAUAUCAGAUCUACUUGCUGGCCGAGAGUCUGUACUCUUUAGGCUGAGGGCGUUUGGGGGAGCGUCUAUUCAUAAACCUGGAGGAGGGAAGCCGCUGCCUUGCUUGCUCUCGCUCCAGGAACGAUCCAGCAUGGUCAACCUUCUCUUCCCCUGGCUGCCCGAACAGGUCCUGCUCCUGGAAGACGCGGCGACGGCGAGGAAGAUGGUUCGGGAGGCGGGUUGGUGCCUGACCUGCCUGGACUCGCUGGAGGCCACGGCCGCUGCGGCCUCCCCGCGCGGGCCCUUCGCGGACCUGGCCGCGGCGCUGCUGCGCCUGGGCCGCCUGACCGCGCCGGGGCGCGGGGAGCGCCUGGGCCGCGCCGGCCGCCUGCUGCGGGGCUGUGUCCCCGCGCUGCUCCAGGCCGCCCGCGGCCGCCUGCAGCGUCCGCGCGACCCUCAGCUGGCCGCUGCCCGGCGCCGCGCUUUCGCCCAGACCCGGAGGACCCUCGGCGAGCUCCUGGCGCAGCUGGAGCCCAGCGCCGCGGCCCCCGCCUGCGCUCAGGCCGGCGCGCUCGCCGGGCGCCUGCGGGAGCUGCGCGAGCUGCUGGCGGCGCCGGGGCCCGAGCGCGUCGGCGGCCCUCUGGACGCGCCGCUGGCCGCCGUGGUGUGGCACUGCAUGCGCCUGGCCGCCUGCUCCCCUCCGCCCGACAGGCUGCGCCUGGUGGCCCGCUGCGGCCAGCUGCUGGAGCUGCGCAGCGCCCAGCGCCUGGGUCGCAUCGAGCGGCCCCCGGGAGCCGGCGGGGCCUCCGGGAGCCUGCAGCCCCGGCAGGAGUGCGCCGCGCUGCAGGCCGCGGCAGAGGCCCUCUCCCGGGGAGUCCGCACUGGGCUGCUGCGCCAGAUCCUGGACACGUUCACCGACACGCAAAGUCCUCUUCGGAGACUGGUCCGGGCCGCUUUGGCCACUCGCCCAGUCGGCGCCCCGUGCGAUGGCGAGGCCUUGCCAAAGACUUUCCAGCUUUGCCUUGCUGCUUUCCACGACCAGGCCAAGCAGAUGCUCAGAGUGGCGCGCUUGGUCUUGGUUUGCUGCCCGCGACAACAAACUGGCAAAGACAUGGAGGUCACCAUGGCAGGCCUUUGGGGGCUUGUGGUCAGAGUGCAGCAACUUUUCUCACAGAGCCCCCAAGGGUCUGGUCUGGACUGGAGCCCUGCCGCCUUGCAGGCCCUGCUUCAGGCAUGGACCAGGGCAUCUGAAGGCUCGUUGGCAUGUUUUGACGACGUUCUGGAUAUUCCUGAGUUCCUGAGUGUGUCCAUUCAAGAAAUGACCAAGUACUUGGACUUCUUUAAAUGGACUUUGAGGAACCCAGAUUCCAGAGAGUUUUCCCAACUUGUGGCGUAUUUACAGGGUCGAGCCACACACAUAGUGCAGGUGAUGAGCAGGUACGUGGACCAAGAUCGAGAUCCCAUUUUCCGGAAUGGCCUGAGAGUCUUGAUCCAGCAGCUGGACCAGUCUUCACGGUUCUUGAGUGCAGCUGCUGAGUGCUGUUCAGGUGGGCACGGCACUCGGGGUACAGAUGCAUUUCUAACCAUGGCAAAACACCUGAUCCAUUCAGCCCAGAGCAUCCAAGAGGGGCUGGAUGGGACUAACCACCCAGAUAUCCUUAGCCCUCUUCGAAACCAAGUCCAAAGGUUUGACACUACUAAGGGACCACCUUAUUUUAUUCUCCCCAGCCUUCUGGACUCUACAGCUCCUGCACUGAAACACCAGGGGGAACCUGUGCUGGAGAAAAGCAACCCAGGCACCUCCUAUCCACCGAGGAACAAUCUUUCCUACCUCUUGAUUCCUGACAUCCAUCCCCAGAUGGGGCACACUCCACACCCAGGCAUCAGCAAACUCAUCCUUGCUGUAGAGAGCAAGAGCCACCAGGCACUGACCUCAGCUAGCACUAACUUGCAGGAGCAGGAUGCAGACAUGGAUGUACCUCCAGAGGCUCUGGGGUCAGAGAAGAUGCCUGGACUCCAAGAAAUCCCAACAUCAGCACCUUCUGGUAUUGACCUAACAAGGGAGAUAACACACUGCACAACUGCUAGACCUGAUGGGCUUCUGAAAGUGGCUCUCCAGCUGUCUGGGAGGCCCCAGGAAACUGGGCAGAGUUUGGUGGCCAGGGCUGGUGACUGGUACCCUCUGUGCCAACAGCUAUUUUGUCACAACCCAGCAGCUGAUCUUCCAGGGAACAUGGCAGUUUUCAUAGAGCUGCAGCAGAAUUUAGCCUCAGUGGUUCAACUAGCAGCCAAAAGUGGGCCUCUGGAUUUAGGGAAGGACCUUAAUUCAACUGGGCGUCCAGAAGCACUUUUACAAAUGCAAGGCAGAUUGGAGGAGGUGGAGACCCAUGGCAAACAGCUAUUGGACAAGAUUCUGGCUUCUGAUGGCCUCCAAGCCCCUAAGUCAUGGGAGGAGAGCAUUAAGGAUGAAUGCCUUCUAUGGUCAGUGGCUGUCCAAGACCUACUCCAGUGCAUGGAGAGACUCAGCAGGAGACAAGGCCUGUUCUUGCUGCCCCUGAGACAAGCCAUGAAGGAGCAGCAGGGACUGCAGGAAGGGUUGGCCCAGGCAGCAGAUGUUUCUCAGAGGCUACAAGAGGCUGCCAGGCUGUCUAGCCUCCUAUGCAGAGAUGUGCAGGUUAAAGGUGAGGUCUCCUUUUUGUGCAGGGAAAUUCAUGUGCUCACAGAUGCUCUGCUGGAUGUGGCAGUGAUCCUGGCCUCUUCCCCAAAACCAUCUCCCAGCCUGUCCACACGCUUUGAACUUCUCUACUUAGAGCUCUCCUUUCGAACCAAGGCCCUGACUGGUCACCUGAGCAUCAUUAAUGCAGACUAUGAACAUGCCUUCCAAGAUGCCUUCUGUCCAAGGCUCUCUGUCUCUAGAGAACCUCAGACCAGACGAGAAAGCUCCCUGGAAAGAAUGGUGUCUGGUAUCCUCGCUGCACAGAGAAUUGUGGCAGGAAGUCAGGAGUAUGGGACCUGCCAAGAAGACCUUUUAAUGGCUCUGGAGAGCAUUCUUGUCCUCACCAAGGAGGUGGCCCAGAGGAUCCCAGUGCUCCAAGAUUGCCCAGAGGAGUGGAGAAUGCACAUCCUGGACUGGCUUCAGUGGGAGUGGGCAGCCAGGGCCCAUCAUGCCAUGGCCCAGGUCCAGGCCUGGAAAGGUGGUUACACCGAGGCCUGGAGACUCCUGGCCCAGUGCCUAAAGCCCAGUGAGGAGAUGGCAGUGAUGAAACCCAGGGGUGAACAGGACUCUGCCCAUCCCCAGCUCUGCUGUGAGGAGGGUGCAUCAGAAGCUGUUGCAGUGAACAGAGUGGAGUCUCAGGGUGCUGCCCCCCAAAACACCCCAGGGAGCUCAGUGGGGACCUAUGCCGCUGAUCCAGCCAUCACUGGGACAGUCGAGGCAGACCUAGACACGGAGCAGCCCGACAGCCCCGCAUCCAGCUCUCCGGGUGCCCAGGCCCUGCUGGGUCCUGCACCAGACCAGCUGCUCCCAGAGGAUGGCAGCGCAGAUGGUGGGAGCAGAAUCAUCCAGAUUACCCAUGAGAUGGCCGCAGAGGUGCUCCUGAUGGCUCAGAGUCUGAGGAAGAGAGGACCUAUCUUGACCAAAGAUCAGCUCAUUACCUCUGCUAAGAAAAUUGCAACUUCUGGACAAAACUUCGCCAGAUUUAUCCACAUCAUUGCUAAGAACUGCAUAGAUCAGAGAUAUUCCCAGGAGCUUUUGUGUGUCGUAGAGCAGAUUCAAAUGAUGAGCAACCAGCUCCGCAUCAUCUCCAGUGUAAAGGCCUCUCUGGUAAGAAGCAGGUCCUCUGAAGAGCUCCUGCUGGAAAAUGCACAGCAGCUCCUCCAGGUGGUCUCCAAGACUGUGAGGACCACGGAAGCUGCAAGUCUCCGGGGCUUGAGACAACCUUCCUCAGACCCAGAAGAGUUGGAAGUUGCUGCCUUCUGCAUGCAGUGGAGAAGAAAACUGCUAGGGCAUAGACUUCGAGAGACUUCAAACCUGGACUGUGAUGAGCUAGGCCUGCGAAAAACCAGCACCAAAGGGCCCCCCACACUAGCAGCCCUGGUUCAAGAAGGAUUUAUUUAAAGUCUGAGAAGUAGUCUCCGAGUCAGACUGUCUGUUGUUGCAUACCUUGGCCCCGAGAUGGGCAGCCCAGAGUGGGGAGUGCCUUUUAGGCUGAGUCAGCCUAUGGGGACACAGGCUGGCCCUCACCUAGAGCUGCUCUGGCAGUGUCCCCAGUUAGGGGGACUGUCCCUGGGCCCCUGGUGAGGCUGGUAUCCUGGUAAGGAUGCUUCUGCUUCUGGGCUUAUAGACUGUGGAAGGGAGGGGGGGAACAUCCAUGCCCCGUUAGUUUAAGCCUUUACAGAGGCAUUGCAAAGUGCGAACAGUCCCAGUUGUACGGGGAGCCAGGUAUUGAAAGAUUUGUAAGUUAGAUUGGGGAGGCCAGUUGAGUUCAAGAUACGGGGAAGCUGAGGUGGUGUUAGCCUGGGACAGGUUCCCUACAAGAGCUGCUUGCAUUGCUGCUUGAAGAUUUGUUUGGAUUUCCUAGGAUUUUUAUAAAACUGGGAUCCUGCAGUAGCAUUCUUCUUUUCCCCUGCGGCUUCUUUCCUUCAGCAUGAUCACUGUGAGAUAAUCCUUCACAGCUCCUCAGGACUCUGCCACCCUUAGCUCUCAAGACUUCCUCCAAUGUUUUCUUCUGAAAGAUUAAUGUAGAGAUGUCUCCAUUUUACUUAGCUUUUUAAAUAAGCAACUUUGGGUUUUAUUGACUUUCUCUCUUAGAUUUCUGUUUUCUGCUUUAUUGAUUCUCUUUAAUAUUUCUUAUCAUGAUUUUGAGCUUAACUUGCUCUCUUUUUCAAGUUUCUGAAUGUAGAAGGGGAGAUCAUGUUCUGUAGUGUGUUUCUUUCUUUUUUUUUUUUAAGAUUUUAUUUAUUUGAGAGAGAGAGAGAGCACACAAGCUGAGGGAGGGACAGAGGGAAAGGGAUAAGCAGACUCCCAGCUGAGCACAGAGCCUGA